CGCGAGAUUUUGUGUUUGUGUCUCGUAUACAACAAUCAUGGCGGACUAUCGAGAGGCGCCCUUGGCCACUCGGCCAAAAACCUUAGAUCCGAAUGAAUACUUCAACCUGUCGCCGGACUACCGACGCGCCGAGGCGGAGAGGGCAGCCCUGCGGGCCGGCCUGAAGAGGCAAUACCAGCUGCAGCUCAACAACCCGCACAGGAAGGAGCUGAUCGAAGACCCUGCCCUGAACCGCUGGGUGUAUGCACGAGCCAACCCGUACAACCACUUCAAAGCCACAAAGAAGACGUCUCUGCUGGGUGCUUUGUUUGGAGUCGCUCCCCUCUUCAUCCUCUACUACGUCUUCAAGACGGACAGGGUACGUUUGUAUAGACGCACUACGUACUGUCAAUGCAUUGCAGACCAAGCGUUAGAUGUGGGAUGAUGUAACACAGAUAUGGUA